AACCAGUCAGUCCUCGUCCGGACUUCUUCGUGGUCUGUUCGUUACUUAAUGGCCACUGUUAUCAUUACAUAGCUUUUUAAUAAUUGUUUAAACAUUCUACACUUUCAUUUUUUGUGAAAUAAGUGAUUUUUUGAGACCGAUAAAUAUUUAUUUUUAUCACAAUUGUUAUGAAUAAGGCUGGUUCCCAGGUGGAAAAACGUGUUUUUAAAGUAAAGUGAAGUGAAAGAAACAACGUGGAGCAAUAGAAAGGCAUUAAAAAAUGUUAUAAAAGUUUUUUGACUUGAAAUUUACGCGGGAAUAGACAGAAUGUAGAUUUUAUGCUAUCAGUUGGAACGAAAGCUCACAGAAGAACAGUUAAAAAUACUGAAAAAGAUUUCUUUCAACUAUUCUAAUUUAAAUAAUUGGCUAGAAAAAUGGAUUUUUAUUAUUAAUUAGAGCACGUGUGAUUUUAUGUGCGAUUCAACGCAAUGUCGCUGCUCUUUACGGUGUUAAUCAGCUCAAGACAUUGACAACAGCAAGAUGCGAAGUGAAGUAGGGGAAUGGUUAGCAACGUGUGUCGGUUCUCCAAUCUGUAUUCUCUUGUUGUCCUGGUCGCUACUCAUCUACCAGAACCAGCCGUCGUCCUUGAAAAGAAGGAUCGAUGUCCUUACUGUAGCUGUUAUCACGCAAAGCCUUGCUCACCAGCUUGGUCUUCUGCUUUAUGCCAUCCUGACACUCAUCCACCCUUCUAAUCAUUUCGGAGAAAUUUGUUCAACUUUGGUUUGGCUUCUAAACUCUUCAAGCAUACUUCAACAAUUAACAUUAACAUCAAUAGCAAUCUUCGCUGCAAUCAAUAAAGAAGAUUUAAAUGUAACAAAAAAUCACCUGAAGUAUCAUUUGGUGUCAUUAAGCGUUGUGAGUGCAUGCAUAGGCUUCACAGGAGUGUUAAAUUUCGAGCCAGAAACCUGUGUAUUUCUUGCUCAAGAGGUAUCAGUAAAGUAUGGGCUCUUCAUCAAUGCACUGAGGACUCUUUUAUUGCUAGCAACAAUUACUGGAGUUUGUGUUGCAAUUUGUAAGGAUGCCUUUCGUAGUCCUAAAUCAGAAUUGUUGCAGUCUGUAUCAGAUUUAUCAGACACCAGUUCAAAAAAUUCAUCCGGAGCCUUCGAUUGCCACAACCAUCAUUGGGAUCCAUCUAGUGGAUCUUGCACAAGUGGAUCAACCAAUUCAAGAGCUUGCUUAAAAAAAAGAAAAACUCAUAUUGAUGAAACAGGAAGCAAAUCAACUGUUUUUAGCAUUCUCUUUGUUUGUUAUAUGUUUGAUCAUCUUCCAGUUUUGAUUAUAUCAAUUCGACCUGAAUUACUACAAGGAUUCUGUACUGCUCAAAAUGUUGCAAUUUGGCUUCCUUUAAUUAAGGAUACUCUGCUACCAGUGUUUUUGGCAAUUUUCGAUAAAAUGUUUUGCCGAUAUGUUGCUAAAGUUUAUACCAAACAGGAUAACUUGAGGAAAUUAGCUCAUUGUGGAAUAGAUGGAAAAUUCAGACAUUUUGAACAAGAUACAGAAUAUAAACUUCAGUUGAAUUUAAAUCAUGGACUAAAAUUUCCUUUAACAAAUGGGAGUCUGUAUGGAAGAAUGCAUAAUCAUCAAAAUCGUACACGAACAGGAACAAUAACAAUGGGCAUUCAACAUUACCCAAGAACCCAAUCAUUAAAUGAUGAAAAUAAUUAUGGGUCGUUACCAGCAGAGCUGACAUCAUUCACAAGCUCAACAUUUGAACCUCGUAUUCAGAAAGAUUCCAAAGUUAACAGCAAUGAUGCCCACGCAACCCAACGUAUAAUAAAAUUAAAUGAAAAUUUUGAGUUUGGCACAAGACGUAAGAUUGGAAGUACUGAUGUUUUUGGACAAAAUAUGGAGAAUUUAGUUCAACUGGAUGAACCGAGAAGAAAGUUUGCAAAAAGUUUAGACGAGAUAAGAGAGGAAGGUCCAAAAAAAAGUGAAAAAGAGAAAUUUGAGAGUUCAACGAGACAAAAAGAGCAAGAAUUUAUGAGAAAUUUAGUUAGAAGAAAUCAAAGUUUUGAUAGUACGAAAUAUCCAAGAUUACAUUGUGAUUCAAGAACCUAUGAUGUCAAAGAUUUGCUAAGAAAAGAUAAAAAUAUGGAUUUAAAAAGAGAGUACGAUCAAGAAGCAGGAUAUGAAACAUCGGACGAUGAGAGUUGCGAUUCUAAUGGGGAUUUCGACGAUACUUUGAGUUCUUGUAAAAGUAGAAGUCGAAGCUGCUGUUCUGUUACAACUGUUGCUAAUGAUGACUUUGAAUUUUACCAACGGAAAGGAACCAAGGCUGAAAUUUUUCCACCAAAGAAAUCGGCUGAGAUCAAGAUUAAUAUGCGUUCCUUCACGCCAAAAAUCAUUGAUGAUCGGAUUGAUGGUACAGAUAACGACACAAAAAAUUCUAAUGGGCAACGUGCAAGUGCAAAGCCAAUUAUCCAGUCAUAUCAACUGAAAAAAAUUACUCCAGGAUUUUCAAUGAAUGACUUGGACAAAAUUUACCCCAAGAGAACAAGUGAUGUAUACUUAACUAGUCUAAAGAAAGAUUUUUUUGAUAAUGGAGACACUUAUAGACAUAACAACAUUGGGGGAUCAGCUCCAGAUUUAAAAAAAAUUUUUAUUUCAGAAUUUGUUUAAUACUGUUAAAAUUUUUGUAAUAUAUAUUUUCUACA